ACGGUCCGAGAUGAAGACAGCUCUCCUGCUCCUUGCUGUGCUGGCCGUGGCUGCUGGGCCAGCCCGUGCCCUCCGCUGCCAUGUUUGCUCCAGCUCCUCCAACUGCGAGAAACCCCAGACCUGUGCGGCCAGCGCGCGCUACUGCAGAACCAGGACCAAGGUGGAGCCCCUGCUGGGGAACCUGGUGGAGAAGGACUGCGUGGAGGCGUGCACGCCCACGCACAGCCUGCCCGGCCAGGUGAGCAGCGGGGCGGCCGCCACCCUGUGCUGUCAGGACGACUUGUGCAACCGGAGCCUGCAGAGCAGCGCGCCCGCCCGCACCCUGCCCCCCGGCGCCGGCCUCGGCCUGGCCCUGGCCCUCGGCCUCCUCGCCCUCCUCGCGGGCCCCAGCCUGUGACCUCCCCACGGCGGGGAACCCCAUCCCUUUCCCGGGCCCUUCAUGCUCCACAGCCCCUCCCACUGGCCUGCGGGGAGGGGAGCUUGGGAAGCCCCUGGCUGAGCUGGCCUGCCAGGCUCUGGGGCCCCCUCUCCCAGACAGGACCGUGAGGUACGUCCCCGAGCGGCAGGAAGGCAGGGGACAGAAGGCAUCUGGACCCCUUCUGACUGGACACUCAUUCUGUUCGGGUUCUGUUUAUUUUUCUAUUUGCAGAGGAAUAAAUGCCUGAAAAUCA